UGAUGGCAUCCUUCCUCCUGCCAAGCCAACCCGUUUUCUAAAAACCCCUUUAGGAAGGCUAGAGAAUUUUAUUCUGUUGGAGAAUAGAACCCUGAUGGUUGCUUGCACAGAGGGGAAAAGCAGAGAGGAAUACGGGAAUCGUCCUGUGCAAUCUCUAUUGUUUGAAACUUACUUUAUAUCAGAAAUUGAAGAUGAAAACGGAAAAGAAAUGGAACAAUUUCAGUAACUAUCCAAUCUAACAUCUGUCUCAUAUCUUAAGGAAUCUUACAAAUACUUGCUUUGAAUUAAGAAAAUGACUGCAGCUAUAGAAGAAAGUACCUGUCCAGAAAGUAGAACAUCCUAUAGUUAAUUUGAAAGUAGUAUAAAAUAAAUAUACCUGUUAUGGUGCGAUUCUGGAGUGAAGUUAACUCUAUAGCACACAGGUAGCUCUCCAAGGAGAAAGAAAAAAAAAAAACUUUCUGUUUUUUCUAAAUUAUGGAAAUUUUUUGGAAGACGUGGACAUGGAUUUUGAGCCUAGUCAUGGUUUCAUCGGAAUUUCUCAGUAACAGCAGGCUUUCAUACAGUUCUCAAGAGGAAUUCCUGUCUUACCUUGAACACUACCAACUAACAAUCCCAAUAAGGGUUGAUCAAAAUGGAGCCUUCCUCAGCUUUACUGUGAAAAAUCCUAAACCCUCAAGAAGGAGGAGGAGCACAGACCCUUAUGACCAAGAACUGGCAGCAUCUAAAUUAUUUUUUAAACUUUCUGCCUAUGGCAAGCACUUUCAUUUAAACCUGACUCUCAACACAGAUUUGGUGUCCAGACAUUUUACAGUAGAGUACUGGGGGAAAGAUGGACCGCAAUGGAAGCAUGAUUUCUUAGACCACUGUCAUUACACAGGAUAUUUGCAAGACCAACACAGUACAAGUAAAGUGGCCUUAAGCAACUGCAAUGGUCUGCAUGGAGUCAUUGCUACAGAAGAUGAUGAGUAUUUUAUUGAACCUUUAAGAAAUAUAACAGAAGAUUCUAGUAACUAUAAUUACGAGAAUGGUCAUCCUCAUGUUAUAUACAAAAAAUCUACCAUGCACCAGCAGCACCUCUAUGAUCACAGUCACUGUGGAGUCUCAGACCUCACAAGAAGCGGCAAACCUUGGUGGAUGAAUGAUGCAUCUGCUUUUCCAGCCUCGCUUCCAGUCAAUGGCACACUAAGUAGUCAUAGUCGACAGAAGAGAUCUGUAAGCCUUGAGCGGUUUGUGGAAACGCUGGUAGUAGCAGACAAAAUGAUGGUGGGAUACCAUGGUCGCAAAGACAUUGAACACUACAUUUUGAGUGUAAUGAAUAUUGUUGCCAAACUUUAUCGUGAUUCCAGUCUAGGAAACGUUGUGAAUAUUAUAGUGACACGUUUGAUUGUCCUCACUGAAGAUCAGCCAAACUUGGAGAUAAACCACCAUGCAGACAAGUCCCUCGAUAGCUUCUGUAAGUGGCAGAAAUCCAUUCUCUCCCACCAAAGUGAUGGAAACACCAUUCCAGAAAAUGGGAUUGCCCACCAUGAUAAUGCGGUUCUUAUUACUAGAUAUGAUAUCUGCACUUAUAAAAACAAGCCUUGUGGAACACUGGGCUUGGCCUCUGUGGCUGGAAUGUGUGAGCCUGAAAGGAGCUGCAGCAUUAAUGAAGAUAUUGGCCUAGGUUCAGCUUUUACCAUUGCACAUGAGAUUGGUCACAAUUUUGGUAUGAAUCAUGAUGGAAUUGGAAAUUCAUGUGGGACCAAAGGUCAUGAAGCAGCAAAGCUAAUGGCAGCUCAUAUUACAGCAAACACCAAUCCUUUCUCCUGGUCAGCUUGCAGUCGGGAUUACAUCACCAGCUUUUUAGAUUCGGGCCGUGGUACUUGCCUUGAUAAUGAGCCUCCCAAGCGUGACUUUCUUUAUCCAGCUGUGGCCCCAGGUCAGGUGUAUGAUGCUGAUGAACAGUGUCGCUUCCAGUAUGGAGCAACAUCCCGCCAAUGUAAAUAUGGGGAAGUGUGUAGAGAGCUCUGGUGCCUCAGCAAAAGUAACCGCUGUGUUACCAACAGCAUUCCAGCAGCAGAAGGUACUCUUUGCCAAACAGGGAGCAUUGAAAAGGGGUGGUGUUAUCAGGGAGAGUGCGUACCUUUUGGCACUUGGCCCCAGAGCGUAGAUGGGGGUUGGGGUCCGUGGUCAAUAUGGGGAGAGUGCAGCAGGACCUGCGGGGGAGGAGUCUCCUCAUCUAUAAGACACUGUGACAGUCCAGCGCCUUCAGGUGGAGGCAAAUAUUGUCUUGGAGAAAGGAAGCGUUAUCGCUCCUGCAAUACCGAUCCAUGUCCUUCAGGGGCUCGUGAUUUUAGAGAGAAGCAGUGUGCGGAUUUUGACAAUAUGCCUUUCCGGGGAAAGUAUUAUAACUGGAAACCCUACACUGGAGGUGGGGUUAAACCAUGUGCAUUAAACUGCUUGGCUGAAGGGUAUAAUUUUUACACUGAGCGUGCUCCUGCAGUAAUAGAUGGGACUCAGUGCAAUGCUGAUUCACUGGAUAUCUGUAUCAAUGGAGAAUGCAAGCAUGUAGGUUGCGAUAAUAUUUUGGGGUCUGAUGCUAAGGAAGACAGAUGCCGUGUUUGUGGAGGAGAUGGGAGUACGUGUGAAGCCAUUGAAGGUUUCUUCAAUGGUUCAUUGCCCAGAGGAGGAUAUAUGGAAGUGAUUCAAAUUCCAAGAGGUUCUGUGCACAUUGAAAUAAGAGAAGUGGCAAUGUCAAAAAACUACAUUGCUUUAAAAUCUGAAGAGGAUGACUACUAUAUUAAUGGUGCCUGGACUAUUGACUGGCCAAGAAAGUUUGAUGUUGCUGGAACAGCUUUCCAUUACAAGAGGCCAACAGAUGAACCUGAGUCUUUGGAAGCACUAGGCCCUACUUCAGAAAACCUCAUAGUCAUGAUUCUGCUGCAGGAACAGAAUUUGGGGAUAAAAUAUAAAUUCAAUGUUCCGAUCUCUCGCACUGGCAGUGGAGACAAUGAGGUUGGCUUUGCAUGGAAUCAUCUGCCUUGGUCAGAAUGUUCUGCCACUUGUGCAGGAGGUGUCCAGAAACAAGAGGUGGUGUGUAAAAGGCUGGAUGACAGCUCCAUUGUACAAAACAAUUACUGUGACCCUGACAGUAAGCCUCCAGAAAACCAAAGAGCCUGCAACACUGAGCCUUGCCCACCUGAAUGGUUUAUAGGAGAUUGGUCAGAGUGCAGUAAGACCUGUGAUGGAGGAAUGCGUUCACGAACAGUUCUCUGCAUCAGAAAGAUUGGGCCUUCUGAGGAGGAGACGCUGGACGCUGCCAACUGUUUAACACACCGGCCUGUUGAAAAAGAGCCCUGCAACAACCAGUCCUGCCCCCCGCAGUGGGUUGCUCUGGACUGGUCAGAGUGCACACCAAAGUGUGGCCCAGGAUUCAAACACCGAAUUGUCCUGUGCAAAAGCAGUGAUCUUCUAAAAACCUUUCCAGCUGCGCAAUGCCAAGAUGAGAACAAGCCGCCAGUGCGCAUCCGCUGCAGUUUAGGCCGAUGUCCUCCUCCUCGCUGGGUUGCUGGAGACUGGGGACAGUGUUCUGCACAGUGUGGUCUUGGGCAACAGAUGAGAACAGUACAGUGCCUGUCAUAUACUGGACAAGCAUCCAGUGAGUGUCCAGAAACUCUCAGACCUCCAUCAAUGCAGCAGUGUGAAAGUAAAUGUGACAGUACUCCCAUUUCCAACACAGAGGAGUGCAAAGAUGUGAACAAAGUGGCCUAUUGCCCACUGGUGCUGAAGUUCAAGUUCUGCAGUCGAGCAUACUUCAGACAGAUGUGCUGCAAGACCUGCCAAGGACACUGA